AUGUACGAGACCAGUCCAGAAUCGUCUCCCAAGAUGGAGCCAUCAGAUAUCGCACAGCAUGAAACGUAUGACAUAGACGUGGAGACGUCGAUAUUUUCGAAUCCGGAGCUCCUCCAUACCCUCCAUUACAAGGAAGCAUCGGUCCUGAGUAUCGCAGCGGAUGCCUCGUACAUCUAUUCUGGUAGCCAGGCAAAAGACAUUUUCGUCUGGGACCGACGAAACUUUCAGCUCAAAGCGACGCUCUCUGGACACACCGAGAGCGUGCUUGCGCUCGAGACGUCGGAAGAGAGGGGGUGGCUGUUUAGUGCAUCCGGCGAUAGCACGGUCAGAAUAUGGUCGACCACGAAGCUUUCUCCACUCUACAUCAUUUUUCCGCAUCUGGACACCGAUUCCGGCGAUAUAUACUCUCUCACAUACUCCCCCACACUGUCUAGAAUCUAUUUUGGGUGCCAGGAUACGUCUAUUCAAUGGUUUGACCUCUCCCCCAUCACCUCCCCCUCCCAUGACGGACUAAAGGUCUCGACUUCACUAACGGAUCGACCCCCAACGCCUUUGACACCAGGAAAGCGAUUCCACAAAUUCUUUGAUAGUGUACCGCAAUCGAUGCGCAGUAUCAUCAGUCAUCGUAGACAGACAUCUGGGGAUUCCCUUCCCUCUCAGCCGGGGGAGUCGAUACCAGAACUUCGCGUUCCACAGGAAAAUGUGAUUCCGUCGGCUCAUUACGGUUAUGUGUAUAGUAUGGCGUUGAGCCCUUCUCACCUGUUCUCUGGCGACACGGCUCAUCACAGUCAUAUCCAUGGAAGCGAAGUAUACUUGUUGACAGGAAGCGGAGACGAAACGGUCAAGAUGUGGCUCGCUACCAAGGAAGGGUUAGAGGAAAAGUAUACGUUUUCUGGAGCAGAAGGCGCUGUAUUAUCUCUUGUGGUACGCAAUGGUACGCUCUACGCGGGGUGUCAAGAUGGAAACGUCAAAGUCUACGAUCUGGAAACAAAGACGUUACUUCGGACGCUCUUGGUCGAUUCCUCGAACCAUGCUUCAGCUCCCACAUCGAUAAGCAACAAUGAAACCAGUCACAAAAGCACCGACGUCCUCUCUCUUUCGAUGGUUGGGGGUGACUUGUACGCGUGCUUGGGCAAUGGCUGGUGUCAGCGAUGGAAUUCGAACUUCCAGACGACCGCACACUGGAAGUCACACGACCGCAUCGCACUUUCUUGCGUCAUUACCUGCCUUUCAGACGUUGAUACGAAUCCUGCUCGAGCGCUGUUCGUCACAGGGGGUGCAGACGCACAUAUAAAGCUAUGGCCUAUAGAUGUUCCACAGAAAUCUGGUCAUACCCGUGCGGUAGAAGGAGAGCUCAAAGCCCAACAUGACCUUCAGGUUGCUCUGGCAGAGUUUGUUGGUAUACCCAGCAUCGUCAAUGUCGAAUCGCAUCGAGAAUCGUGUCGGCAAGCGGCACUUUGGUUGAAACUACUCUUGUCGCAGCUUGGAGCAGAAGCGACCCUUCUUUCCACGGAACCAGGAAUUAACCCCCCAGUACUUGCGACAUUUCGUGGAAACGAGGAAUGCAAAAGUCGUCCACGACUUCUUUUCUAUGGCCACUAUGAUGUGAUCCCAGCUCGCAAGACUGGAUGGGAUUCCGACCCGUUCACGCUGAGCGGACGGAAUGGAUAUCUGUAUGGACGUGGCGUUUCGGAUAACAAGGGUCCAAUUCUUGCCGUCGCUUUUGCCAUUUCCGAGCUGAGACGCAAGGUCGCUCUUGAUUUGGACAUCGUGAUGCUCGUUGAAGGCGAAGAAGAAGCCGGAAGCAGAGGAUUUGAAGAUACAGUGCGCAAGCACAAGGACCAAAUCGGUCACGUAGAUGCCAUCUUAAUCAGCAAUUCAUAUUGGAUUGGCGAAGACAUACCAUGCAUCACCUAUGGGCUGCGUGGAGUAAUCCAUGCCAACGUCGAGAUCUCAAACUCCCAUCCCGACUUGCAUUCGGGUGUCGAAGGUGGCGGCGUGGUUGAACCAAUGUUCGACCUUGUGAACAUUCUAAACAGUAUCUCUCAAGGAAGCUGCAUCCUCAUUCCGAACUUCUACGAUAAUGUACGCCAACAGAGCGACGACGAACGAAGCUUGUACAAACACCUCGAGGAAGUGACAGGGCAAUCUGCUCAGUAUCUUGCUGCAAAAUGGAGAGAGCCAUCAUUGAGCAUCCAUUCAGUCAAAACGUCUGGACCAGGAAAUCGCACCGUCAUCCCCUCUAGAGUCGCCACGCAACUAUCGGUUCGAAUUGUUCCUGACCAAGACUUGUCGCAAAUCGCAGAAAACCUGAAAGAGCAUAUCGAGGACUCCUUUAAGAAACUAAACUCGCCGAAUAACCUCAAAGUGUCCAUCGACAAAGCGGCGGACUGGUGGCUGGGAAACCUUGAUGGACGAUGGUUUCAAGAAUUGGAACAUGCCAUCGAAGAGGAAUGGGGAAAGAAACCACUUCGCAUCCGAGAAGGAGGUUCUAUUCCGUCGGUACCAUUCCUGGAGAAAACGUUUGGGUGUCCCGCGCUUCACUUUCCAUUGGGCCAAUCCUCGGAUCAAGCCCAUUUAGCCAAUGAACGGCUGUCGGUCAAUAACCUGCUAAAAGGCAAAGCGGUCCUGGAACGUUUCUUCCGCAAUGUUGCGCAGUGGUGA